AUGGGACCCGGCUCCGAUGUGCUGCUGAAAAGGGGCUCCAGCUUCCCCAAGGAUGCGCCCUCCCCCAUCAUCGUCUGCACCCGCAACGACGCUCUGGAGGGCGUAAUAGAAAGCGUGCCCAAGGACCGGCACGGCGACCUGGUAUUCAUCCAGAAUGGGAUGCUGCAGCCCUGGCUGGAGGGGCGGGGUCUUGCCUCCGCCACCCAGCUCCUCGUCUACUUUGCUGUGGCCAAGGCUGGUGACACUCCAGUGGAUGGGAAGACCGACGUCAACCCAGAGGGGCUGACCUCGGUCUGGGGGCCUCACUCGGAGGCCGUGGCGCAGCGGCUGGCUGCAGGGGGCCUGGCCUGCAAGGUGCUGGAUCGCCCUGCCUUCCUGCAAGCCAUGCUGGAGAAAUUGGUCUGGAUCUCGGCAUUCAUGCUGGUCGGAGUCACCCAUGGCGGCUGCAGCGUGGGCGAGGUGGAGAGGGUGCACUCUCAACAGACGGCCGAGCUGGUGGAGGAGCUGGCCAGCGCCGGGGCCGCGGCGUUGGGUGUUCGGCUGGAGGCCGGCGCCUGGGAGCGACUGGCCGCCUACGCGCGCUCCGUGGCAAACUACCCGACCGCGCUCAAGGAGUUUGAGUGGCGGAAUGGCUGGUUCAAGGAGCUGUCCCGGGAGGCGAGUGCCUCUGGAAAGCAAGACCCGUGCCCCAUGCACACGCGCCUCUUGGCCGGGCUGGGCUACUGA